CAGACAGGAACUUAUUAUGGAAUUGAAGGUCUGAGUAAUUUCUCGAAGUAAUCGAAAGUUUUGAACUUUGGGAUUUGGAAAGUGAAAAAUCUCAAGCAAGAACAAAAUGCAGGGAGUGGGAGUGGGAGCUGGAGCUUCUUCAGGGGCAGCAUCACUGCAUCUGUCAUCACCCAUUUCUUCUUCAAGAAUCAACAAUCUCAGCAUUCGUUUCCAAUUCCACAACGGACGGCAAUUUUUUUUAAGCCGCCGCCGCUCCAUUUCUCCUCUGUCCAUUGUCCUGCCACUGCCAGCUCAGUUCACUGUGACUGUCAGGGCUGCUUCUUCAGUUGGAAGCCAACAGUAUGCAGAGGAACCAGCAACUAAAGUGAAGUUCUCAACAUCCUUAACAUUAGCGGGUUGCUCGAGUCCAUUAUCAUUGAUUGGAACUGGAUACAGGGAGAAAGUUUUUGCAAUCAUCGGCGUGAAGGUCUACGCUGCAGGAUUUUACAUGAAUCCAUCAUUAUCUGCUAAGUUAGAUUCUUGGAAAGGGAAAUCAGCAUCCAGUAUUCACGGAGAUGGAUCCUUGUUUAGCUCCAUUUUUCAAGUUUCUCUAGAGAAAUCGUUGCAGAUCGUUCUUGUCAGAGAUGUCGAUGGUAAAACAUUUUGGGAUGCUUUAGAUGAAGCCAUCUCUCCGAGAAUCAAAACACUCACUUUUGUUGAUGAGUCUGCUCUCUCCACUUUCCGUGACAUUUUUCAAGGACGGCCUCUUAACAAAGGAACCUCCAUAUUCUUGACUUGGUUGGACAAAUCUAAAAUGCUUGUUUCUGUUUCAUCUGAUGGACUACCGUCUGAAGUGGAUGCUGAAAUUGAGUCAGAGAAUGUGACCUCGGCUCUUUUUGAUGUGUUCCUCGGAGAUCCUCCGGUUUCUCCCUCCCUGAAAGCUUCUGUUGUUGUUGGUCUAGUAAAGAUCCUAAACUAGUUCCCUAUACUCAGAUUUGUUCGUUAUCGGUUUAAUUAUCAAUUUGGCAUGUUUUAGCUUCAGCUGUCUCGAUAAUAUUUUGCUUUUUUGGCUUUAACCAUCUCAAGUCUGUGGUUUGUCAAAUAAAGAAAGAAUUGAAGCA